AUGAUUAGGUUUCGGUCAGCUGUCCUUGUUCUUGGAUUCAUUUUUCUGCAGUCAGAAGGAAGAUCAUCCAAGGAAGUAGGUUACGGCCUUAAAUCGUAUCAGCCUCUAAUAAGAUUGCGACACAAGGAAAAAAGUCAAGAGAGCUCAAGAAUCAAAGGAUUUUUGAUUCAAGAUGGCCCUUUUGGAUCAUGUGAAAAUAAGUACUGUGGUUUGGGGAGACACUGUGUUAUCAACAGAGAGAUUGGCCACGCAGAAUGUGCCUGCAUGGAGUUUUGCAAGCGACACUACAAGCCUGUAUGUGGAUCUGAUGGGCAAUUUUAUGAAAACCACUGUGAAGUGCACAGAGCCGCAUGCCUGAAAAAACAGAAGAUCACCAUUGUUCACAAUGAAGACUGUUUCUUUCGUGGAGACAACUGCAAGACAACUGCCUAUAACAAGAUGAAAAACAUGCUUUUAGACUUACAAAAUCAGAAAUACCUUACACAAGAAAAUGAGAACCCGAGUGGUGAUGACAUAUCACGGAAGAAGCUUUUGGUGGAUCAAAUGUUCAACUAUUUUGAUGCUGACAGCAAUGGACUUGUCGAUAUCAAUGAGCUAACUCAGGUAAUCAAACAGGAAGAAUUUAACAAGGAUCUAUCUGACUGUACUUUGUAUGAUCUACUGAAAUAUGAUGAUUUUAACACUGACAAGCACCUUGCACUUGAAGAAUUUUAUAGAGCCUUCCAGGUCAUCCAACUGAGUCUUCCUGAAGAUCAGAAACUAAGCAUUACUGCAGCAACGGUGGGACAAAGUGCUGUCUUGAGCUGUGCCAUUCAGGGAGCCCUGAGGCCCCCAAUCAUCUGGAAGAGGAAUAAUAUUAUCCUAAAUAAUUUAGAUUUGGAAGACAUCAAUGACUUUGGAGACGAUGGGUCUUUGUAUAUAACUAAAGUUACCACAACUCACAUGGGCAAUUAUACCUGCUAUGCAGAGGGCUAUGAUCACAUCUAUCAAACUCAUAUCUUCCAAGUAAAUGUUCCUCCAGUCAUCCGAGUGUAUCCAGAGAGUCAAGCUAGAGAACCUGGAGUAACUGCAAGUCUUAGGUGCCAUGCAGAAGGCAUACCAAAUCCUCAGCUUGGCUGGUUGAAGAAUGGAAUUGAUAUUACACCAAAGCUUUCUAAGCAGCUCACUCUCCAAGCAAAUGGCAGUGAGGUUCACAUAAGCAAUGUGCGUUAUGAAGAUACGGGCGCGUACACUUGCAUCGCUAAGAAUGAAGCAGGAGUGGAUGAAGACAUCUCUUCUCUUUUUGUGGAGGAUUCUGCUAGAAAGACCCGUCUGGGAAUUGGAAACAUGUUCUACGUUUUUUAUGAAGAUGGAAUCAAAGUGAUUCAACCCAUUGAAUGUGAAUUUCAGAGACAUAUUAAGCCUAGUGAGAAGCUCCUUGGAUUUCAGGAUGAAGUGUGUCCUAAGACUGAUGGAGAUGAAGUUCAGAGGUGUGUGUGGGCCUCAGCAGUGAAUGUCAAAGACAAGUUUAUUUAUGUUGCUCAGCCUACAUUGGACAGAGUUCUUAUUGUUGAUGUGCAGUCCCAGAAGGUUAUUCAGGCAGUAAACACAGACCCUGUUCCAGUUAAGUUGCAUUACGAUAAAUCACAUGACCAAGUCUGGGUACUUAGCUGGGGAACUAUGGAAAAGACGUCACCGACACUACAGGUUAUAACCCUGGCCAGUGGGAAUGUUCCUCACCACACAAUCCACACACAGCCAGUGGGAAAGCAAUUUGAUAGAGUGGAUGAUUUUUUUAUUCCCACUACAACGCUCAUCAUUACUCACAUAAGAUUUGGAUUUAUUCUUCAUAAAGAUGAACCAGCACUGCAAAAAAUUGACCUUGAAACCAUGUCAUACAUCAAGACAAUUAACUUGAAGGACUAUAAGUGUAUUCCACAAUCACUGGCCUAUACACAUCUGGGAGGAUACUACUUUGUUGGCUGUAAACCUGACAGCACUGGAGCUGUUCCACCACAACUCAUGGUUGAUGGUGUAACUGAUUCAGUCAUUGGAUAUAACAGUGAUGUAACAGGCACACCAUAUGUCUCCCCAGAUGGGCAGUAUCUUGUCAGCAUUAAUGAUAUAAAAGGUCUUGUAAGGGUCCAGCACAUCACCAUCAGAGGAGAAAUACAGGAGGCUAUUGAUAUUCACACAAAUCUGCACAUAUCUGAUGUGGCAUUUCAGCCAUCCUUUACAGAAGCUAACCAGUACAACAUCUAUGGUAGUUCUAGCACUCAAACUGAUGUUCUCUUUGUAGAACUGGCCUCUGGAAAGGUUAAGAUGAUAAAGAGCCUUAAGGAGCCACUCAAGCCAGAAGAAUGGCCUUGGAAUCAGAAGAACAGGCAAAUCCAGGAUAGUGGCUUGUUUGGUCAGUACCUGAUGACACCUUCCAAGGAUUCUCUCUUUAUUCUGGAUGGACGACUCAAUAAGUUAAACUGUGAGAUCACUGAAGUUGAGAAAGGAAAUACAGUCAUCUGGGUUGGAGAUGCCUAA